ACGUUACUCUGCAUGAGUUACUACACUGUCUGAAAAAAAAUUUUUUUUUUCCCUUUCGGAAUACGGAAGCCUAGCUGUCUAGGUGACAAAGAGCAGUUCAGGACGGGCUUGUCUCGCAGCGUUCUCUGCCCCCGAAAGGCGGGCUGGGCGCCCCCUGCACCGCGGAACUCUCCGCUCCCCGUUCCGGGCGGAAGUGGCCCGCCGCACGGUUGGCUAAACCCCCUGGAAGCCGGUGGGCGGGCGCUCGUGCCCGACUGCAAGAUGGCCGCCGCCGCCCGCCCGCCGCCACGGCCCGGGAGCCGCCUUUAGGGCCUGCAGCGGCCGCCGGCCCCCGCCGCCCGCCUUCUUACCAUGAGGCCAGUGAGUCGCCGCACCCUGGACUGGAUCAACUCGGCGUUGCUGUUUGCCAUCGUUUUACUCUCGUGGGGAUACGUCAUCUAUGCAUCCACGGUGGCCGCACGGCGACAGCUGAGGAAACAGUACCCCAAGUCCUGGGAUGAAUGAAAAUUUGUAACUCUAUUGAAUUUAGUUCUCUGCAAAUUCCUUAUGUUUAUCUGACACCUACAUAGGAUUUUAAAAAGUAAAAACGAUAAUACAGA